AUGGCAAAACAAGAAAUUACAGGUAAAAUUGCAAAUGGCAGUAAUGGAGAUGUGGCAGCAGACUCCUACCAUCGAUAUAAGGAGGAUAUCAAACUCUUGAAGGAAAUGAAUGCAGAUUCUUAUCGCUUCUCAAUUUCUUGGCCUAGAGUAAUACCUCAUGGCAAGAUUAGCAAAGGCAUAAAUGAGAAAGGAAUUGAGUACUACAAUAAGCUCAUAGACAAAAUUCUAGCUUAUGGUUUAAAGCCAAUUGUGACAAUUUUUCAUUGGGACUUGCCCCAAGCCUUAGAUGAAGAGUAUGGAGGCUUCCUGAGUCCUAAAAUUGUAAAGGAUUAUCAUGACUACGCAAAUCUACUGUUUGCGAGGUUUGGUGAUCGAGUGAAAGAUUGGAUCACAUUCAAUGAACCUUGGACCUUUAGUUCAAAAGGUUAUGAUCGUGGAACCUUUGCCCCUGGUCGAUGUUCUGCCUGGAAGAACAAUAAUUGCACAGGUGGAAAUUCAGGGACAGAACCCUACUUGGUGGCACACCACGAACUUUUGGCUCAUGCUGAUGUAGUUCAAUUAUACAGGGGAGCGUACAAGGCUCGCCAAAAAGGACAAAUUGGGAUUACACUAGUCACUGCAUGGAUGGUGCCAUUUUCAAAUUCAACUCUUGAUCAACGAGCAGCCAUUCGUGCCCUUGAUUUAACAUUUGGAUGGUUUAUGAACCCUUUGGUGCAUGGUGAUUAUCCCGCUUCAAUGAGAAUUCUUGUCCGCGACCGACUUCCCCAAUUUACACCAAAGCAAUCUAAAGAACUGAUAGGGUCAUAUGAUUUUCUUGGAUUAAAUUACUACAUAACCAUUUAUGCUGCCCAUGUUACAACUCCUCCAAAUAAGGUGAAUUUAAGCUAUUGCACAGACGCGCAAGUUAACGUUACAAGUUGGCUUCAUAUUUAUCCUAAAGGGAUUUGGGAUCUCCUUCUCUAUGUAAAAACAAAAUACAAAGAUCCAAUCAAUUACAUUACAGAAAAUGGUACCUGUCAGCACUUUUCUUCUUCUCCUCCUCAGCACUUUGCAGCCCCAUAUAUAAGUCGUGUACAAACUAGAAAUGUUCCCUCCUUCCUCACUCGUCCAUUCAAGUAG